AUGAAUGACCUGUCUCUGCGCACAAGAGGUUAUUUCAAGUUUCUAACCAACUGUCCGGCGAACAAGCGAGAAUGGACUCGAGCAGUGCUUAUUUUACAUCGAGAUCCAAAGAAUGCAGUGAUCACAGCUGACUUACAAGAUACAGAAUAUGAAACAUUAGAUUUACCUGAUACAAAAAUUGUUAUCCAAUUGAGCUUAUUUAAAAUAUGCCGAAAACAUGCGAUUACCAUUCAUACUUCAACAUCGGAAGACUGUAGUCAUUCAAAUCUAAAACAUUCUCCAAACUCUUUUAAAACAUCUACGCCAUGCUAUCAAAUUCAUUUGAGUUCACGAUUUCUAUUUGGAAAGAAACAAUUAUGGUUAGGUUUCAUUACACCUUUUGAUCAAGAUAUUUGGUAUUCAGCAUUAAAAACAUUAUUAUCAAAGCAUGGUGGCAAGAAGAAUAUCCUAAGUGGUCCUGAUGCUAUUCAAGCUUCUGCACUGAGUUUAUCACAGACAUCAGAAUUAGAUUUAUUGGCUUCAGCUUUACCAAAUAUUUUAGACAAUGAAAUAUAUGAAAGUACUUCUACUCCAGAUACCUUCUCCGUCUGCAUCAUUCACACAGAGAAAUCAAAGGAUUUAGGUCUGUCAGGUCGUUAUUUACUACGCUUAAAAGAAAGUGCAUUUGAGUUACUUGAUCCAGAUACUUACUCAAUAGUAAGAGUAUGGCCUAUCAAAUAUGUACGCAAAUUCGGUACGUGCUACAGACUCAAAAAAUGGAUUAUAGAACAGGUAUUAAAAAAAGAAUCUGAAGAAUUUCAUUUAACUGAAUCAAAUAAUUGUUGGUUUUCAUCAGAGCCAAGAAAAAAGCGAAAUAUAAUCACUUCUCCUGAUUUAUUGAAUUCAAGAUUGAUAACAAAACCACGUGCUAGUUCAGUAAAUGAAUUUAUUCUACAAAACAAAGAAUCAUUAUAUCCAAAUUCACAUCAAUAUUCAUCAAACAUGUUACCUAAAGAAAUCUCUGUCUCAUUAGCUUAUGAUAGCGAUGUUAAAUCAUCUUCAUCUUCAUGGUUAUUUCCAGAUGAUAAUUUUUUAUCACCUAAUGGUAAGUGUUUUACUGAACGUUCAUGUCAAACACUAUUUGGAAAUGAUACUUCAGAACAUUCAAAACACUUAAUUAACAAUAAUAAUUCACCAUGUAUUUCUCCAAUUAGACAACAAAUUCAAGAACAGAAUACUAUUGAUAAUAAUUUUGGUUCACAGGAAACAUUCAUCUCAGAAACAUUAUGUGAUCAAGAGAAUAAUCAUAACAAUAAUGAUAAUCAUAAUAAUCUUAACUUGGAGGAAGACGAUGAUGAUGAUGAUGAUGAUACCGGCGAUUUCAGUGGAACCUCACAACCAGUUUAUGCAAACGCUGAACAGAUUACCAAUACAAUAUUCAAUGCAAAGACUAAUCAAAUACACAAAGAAAGGAUACUAAUGCAUGGCUUCAGUAAUGUGGAUGAAACAGUGGUAACAUCAUGCUCAAUGGAUGUGAAUUCAUCAAUUCCGACAAUACAUGAUACAUCAACAUUAUCAUUGUUGACAACAGCUUCAUCAUCAACAUCAUCAACACAGUCAUCUUCAUCAUCAUCUACUCUAUCAAAUAAACCAAUUAAUACAUUAUGUUCAUUGAUGCGAAAUUGGAGACUUGGUCGUUCAAUUGAACCAAUAGUAGAAAAAGAAGAACAAAAUUCACAUAAUUCAUCAUUAUCUUUAGGUAACGAUGAAUUGAAUUCUAUUUACAAAGGUGGAGAUAAUGAUGAUGAUGAUGAUGAUGAAGAAGAGGAAUGUGACGGUUUAGUGACAUCAUCAACUCCAGAUAAUCAUAUCGAUAUAAAAGAGUUAAAUAAUCAUCAUAAUGAUAGUGAUUCUACUUCCAAACAUCUUAACUAUUGUGAAAUAAAUGAUAAUGAAAUGAACGAUAGUCGACUAAUGAAAGAGGGUGUUCAUUCAACAAAUCAAUUCCGGAAUAUCCUAGAAGAUGUUAAAUUCUAUAGAUUAGUUUCACGAUCAGCAACAUGGGAUGGAUGGAUGAAGCUGACAACUAAUACUAAACAAGAAAUUCAAUCACAAACAAUAACGCAACAAGAUAAGCAUAAUACCGAGAAUGAUAAUCAUGAAUUGAAGAAUGAUUCAAAUAUUAUUGUGAUGACAGCAUUUUAA